AUGAUGAAUUCAGUUGAAGAAGACAAAGAAUCUGAAACUUUUAUUCAACAUUCAGUUCUAUUCGAUAUUCCUGCUCGAUUACAAUGGGAAAAUAACAAUGGUUACUGCGGUGAAACGUCUAUACAAGCUUUCGGUCUUUACUAUGGUGCUUGGAUUUCUCAAAAACUUGUUCGUGAUAUCAAUCAUGGGGAAUAUCUCCUACAAAAAUUAUCUACUGAUGAUCGACGAAAUCCAACUAAUACCUUGACUGUUCUUCAUUUUACCUAUGACGAAUGGGAUUGGAAAAAUUCGUCUCAACCUCAAUUUUAUGACUAUUGUUCUUGGAUCAAGAGAUCUAUCAUACAAGGAUAUCCCGUUAUGUUUGUUGCCUAUCUUCUUUAUAUGCACGAUGAACUCUAUGAUCAUAUUAUGCCAGCAAUUGGUAUUCGAUAUAGAGAUAAAAAUAAAUAUGAUCCGAAUGAUGUACUUGUCUAUUUUAAUCUCUAUCAUCAGAGAUUAAUUGAACGAAAAAU